AUGGGCUGGUUCUCCUCGGAGCCGCAAGCACCCGCAGCACCCCAGGCGUCAUCAGAUGGAGCCUUCAUAGCGCCAGAUCGUACCUCCCGCGCCGCGUGCUGGGAGUCUCGCGACGCCUUCUUCCAAUGCCUCGACCGAAACAACAUAUUAGACGCCGUCAAGGACAAGCAGCUGGCCGAUCAGCAUUGCGGGAAGGAGGACGUGGAGUUUGGGAAGAACUGCGCGAGUAGCUGGGUGCAAUACUUCAAGAAACGGAGAGUAGUGGAAUACAAGAAGGAUCAGACACUGAAGCAGCUACAGGCCGAAGGCGCGAAGCCGCUGCCGGAAGGCGUCGCGCUACCCGGGCCCGGCUCUGGUGCUCGAUAG